AUGGGUUUAAAAGCUGAAAAGAAGCCUGCUACCGCCGGUAAAGCUCCUGCAACCAAAGCUCCUUCUGAGAAGAAAGACACUAAAAAGUCUACCGCUCCUGGUGAAAAAUCCAAGAAACGCAAAGUUAGAAAGGAAACUUAUUCAAGCUACAUCUACAAAGUCCUCAAGCAGGUACAUCCCGAUACCGGUAUUUCCAACAAAGCUAUGUCAAUCCUCAACUCUUUUGUCAACGAUAUCUUCGAACGUAUUUCCGGUGAAGCCUCUAAACUUGCGGCUUACAACAAAAGAUCAACUAUUUCUUCUCGAGAAAUUCAGACCGCCGUUCGUUUGAUUUUACCUGGUGAAUUGGCAAAACAUGCGGUAUCCGAAGGAACCAAAGCCGUUACUAA